AUGCGCGUUCUUUCCAUCCUCCUCGCCCUCGCCGCCGUCCUCGCGCGCGUCGACGGGGCGGUCGUCGGUGUGGAUCUGGGCGGUGAACAUCUCAAGGUGGCGCUCGUCGCCCCGGGACGAACCCCGAUCGCGAUCGCGCUGAACGAGGCGAGCAAACGGAAAUCAGCGGUGGCGGUGUCGUUCGGCAUGGGUGAGCGAAGCGUGGGAGAUCGGGCGUACGACAUGCACGCGCGGGCGCCGACGGAGACGGCGACGCGGCACCGGGACGCGCUGGGCGCGCGAGCGGAUUCGAAGAGAGUCGAAACGAUCGUGGAGGGGAGUAAACUGGCGUACGAGGUGCGCGGUGAUGAUGCGAGGGAUGGGGCGACGCGAGUGAAGCUUGGGUCGGGGACGUACGCGGUGGAGGAGUUGACGGCGAUGACGCUGGAGCACGCGC